AUGUCUUCGUCUUCAGAUGAGGACUUUUCCGAAGACGAGCUCCGUGCGGGCUGGAAUGGUGCUAGAGCUCCUGUGAGGAAAAAAACUAAAGAUGAGCUUAACGAUGAACGCAUUUAUGGCGUUUUCAACGAAGACAACAACCGCAAUAGCAAAACCAGUUCAUAUGGCGAUCUAAGAUACUCAUCAGUGCUCUUUACACAGUCAUCACCAAAUGAAGAGAAAAAGGCACCAGUAUUUACAAAAUCGUCUGAUUCUGAAGACACCAAGCCUGUAUCAAAACAGUUCAUGGCAUUUGCCCCGGCUUCUAAACCUGAAGACAGUAAACCAUCACAACCAAACAAGUACAUGAUGUUUUCUAAAGCUUCUGAUUCCACUCAGACAUCAAAAUCAGAUUCUAAUACCAUGCAAGGUUCACAGUUGGGUAUGAGAUCUGCCUUUUCCAAUCCAUUAUUUGAGCUCACACUUCCACAGAACCCGCCACUACCAGAAGAACCUAUACCAAGUAACCCAGUAAAAAAACCGCCACAGCUACCAACAUCCAAGAAUGAAAAAACUUAUGGCAUUGGUGCUAAACUCUUGGAGAAGAUGGGCUAUGUCAAAGGACAAGGUCUUGGAAAAGACGGUGGGGGUAUUCUUAGACCUGUUGAGCACAAGUUACGUCCACAAGGUCUUGGUCUUGGUGGUAUUAAAGAACGCACUAAACAAUCAAUUGAAGAGGCGAAAAGACGUGGAGAAAAGAUUGCAGAUGAUUAUGAAGUUUCUGAUGAUGAGAACAAGAAAAAACAAGGUAAAUCGAAAAAAUCUCUAAAACCCCCAAUGUCAGCUGCUGAGCGCACGCGUCGACGUGCUAAAACCCUUUACAAAACAGUUCAUGAAAUGGAAUCCGAAGGAUUGCAUAUACCCAGUGGGUUUAAACAGAUUGUGGACAUGACGCAAAGUCGCAGCGAGCAAAAAGCUGGAGAGGAAGGGGAAGAAGAAGAAGAAGAGGAAGCCAUUACAGCCGAAGAGUCUGCUCUGAUUGAUCAAGUCAAUAAUGAGAUGGAAAAAUAUGGCACAGAAUGGCGGUCUCUGCAAACACGUAAAACAUAUGCCAAGUUUGAGAUUGACCGGCUUGAAGAUAAGGUUAACUUGUUGACAGAUGAAAUCUCUAAGAUGGAGGAGUUUUUGGCAAAAUGCAGUACCUUUCAUAAUAUCUCAGAAAACGAUGAUCCUGUUGAAGCACUCAACAACCUGACACAGACUUUGAUCACAAUUCAGUACCAAUUUUUUAAACAUGCGCACCAUUUUAAUCUAGAUGAACUGGCAGUAGCCACACUUGCACCUCUACUAGAAGAAGCCUUCAAAACUUGGGAUCCACUUCAUUUGCCAACUCAGUUUAUUGAAACUUUCUUACAGUUGAAACCUUUAUUUUAUCGAGAUAAGAAGGUAGACGAAGAAGAAGAUACCCUUUUAAAUCAGGAGGACGAUUAUGAAGAAGAAUGGGAAAAAAAGACAGCUUCUGAAAACCCCAGACAACUCUACGAGCGAUUACUUUACAAUACAUGGGUGCCUAAGAUCCGACACGUUCUACAAGACGAGUGGUUGCCAGAUCAUUCUUCUACUGCUAUUUUGAUGCUAGAAGAAUGGUCUGUUGUUGUUCCUGAAGAAAUCCAAGCUCAGGUCCGUAAAUCCGUGGUGGUUCCGCGUCUUGUGCAUUCAAUUAAACGAUGGCGACCCUCAUCUUACUCCAGUAACUCGUUAAAAGGCAACAGGAAAACUGGAUUGCCACCACCUCCCCAUAUUUGGGUGUUCCCCUGGAUACCGUACUUGGAUGCAGCCAGCGUCGAAGAGAUUUCUCGCGAAGUCAAAGAGCGGUAUAUGCGACUUAUGCGCGACUGGCGUCCUACAGAUGCGGCACCGUUAGAUGGUCUUGCAGAAUGGCGUGAAAUAAUGAGCAAAGCAGAGUUUGCAGAACUGGUACAGGACAGCGUGAUUCCUCGGUUAGGGAAAGUGUUACGCAGCUACGUUAAGCUUAAAAGUGCAAGUAAAUCAUCGGUGACAGCGUUGGAAGCCAUAUGUGCAUGGUGUCCAACUGUUGUUAGAGCUCCUGUGUUUAGUGACCUUUUUUGUGCACAUUUCCUGACUGCUUUUGAAACAUAUUUGUACGAUUGGAUCAUGGAUACAGUGCAACUGGCGGCUGAGAAGAAGACUAGUGAUGAAAAACAACAACAGGAUGCCGAUAAACAAGAGAUGGGGGCGAUAUUGGACUGGUAUGAAGCUUGGUAUAAGGCUAUUCCGCGUCACAUAGCGGAAUUAGAUGCUGUUGAGCGCGAGCUCCAUGCAAGUAUAGAUAUGAUUGAGGAUGCUGUUGACUUAAAGCCUGCCCUACGCCAGACCCGACUAUCUGUGCCGGGACUUGUUGCAGGGCCCAAGACAACGACCAAUACAGCGCGUGCAGAACAGUUUCUGGCUGACCUUGACGCACAGCUUAAAAGCACUGAGCUUAAGGAUGAUGCUGCAAAGAGCGAGCGGGCCAAAAAGAAGAAGAAGAUUCCAAUUAGUCUUCCUGAGUCUCGGGAUAGCCCAGCAGCACAAGAUUUGGCAAGCACCUCGUUUAAAGAUGUGGUUGAAGAUGCCUGUGCAGCAGCAGACUUGUUUCUUACAGCAGCACAUGGGGCACAUCCAGUAUUGGGACAUCCAUUAUACCGAGUCUCCGCGAGUCCCAUAGGGACGUCUGGGAUGCCAGUUUACAUGAAUGAUAAUGUGUUGUGGGUCAAGGCGAGCCGCGGGUCAAAAGAGUAUGAUCCAAUAUCGCUGGACGAUCUGGCCAAGUCAUAUAAACAAUACACCAAGAGCAAGUAA